AUGAACUCAAGGAAAAACUGCAGGACUUUGUGUCGGAAGCAAACAGCCAGCGUCCGGGAUUCAUCAAGAUAGUGCGGCAUGCCAAGCAGGAGGGGUUGAUCCGGUCCCGAGUGAGUGGAUGGAGGGCUGCCACUGCCCCAGUUGUUGCCCUGUUUGAUGCCCACGUUGAGUUUAAUGUUGGCUGGGCUGAACCAAUUCUACUGAGAAUUAAAGAGGACAGAACACGCAUAAUCUCCCCAUCAUUUGACAACAUCAAGUAUGACACAUUUGAGAUUGAGGAAUACCCACUGUCCGCUCAGGGCUUUGACUGGGAACUAUGGUGCCGUUAUCUCAAUCCUCCCAAGUCCUGGUGGCACAGGGGCAACAGAAGUGCCCCGAUACAGAGCCCUGCUCUGAUUGGCUGCUUUGUGGUGGACCGACUUUACUUUGAGGAGAUUGGACUGCUGGAUGAAGGCAUGGAGGUGUAUGGGGGAGAAAAUGUGGAGCUGGGCAUCAGGGUGUGGCAGUGUGGUGGUAGUGUGGAGGUCCUGCCCUGCGCUCGUAUAGCCCACAUAGAACGUGCACACAAACCAUAUACUGAUGAUCUGACGUCUCAUGUUCGGCGAAAUGCUCUCAGAGUCGCAGAGGUUUGGAUGGAUGAGUUCAAAAGCCACGUCUAUAUGGCUUGGAAUGUCCCCAUUGAGGACCCAGGGAUUGAUAUUGGAAACAUCUCAGAGAGGAAAGCACUGAGGAAGAGGCUGCAGUGUAAAACAUUUCGCUGGUACCUGGUUAACAUCUACCCUGAGAUGAGGAUGUACAGCGACACCAUCGCAUAUGGAGUGUUAAAGAACUCCCUAAAGAAUGAUCUGUGUCUGGACCAGGGACCAGAUAAUGACAACGUCCCCAUCCUGUAUCUUUGUCAUGGGAUGACACCGCAGAAUGUCUACUACACCAGUAACCAACAAUUCCUUGUUGGGCUGCUCAGUCCCACCAUUGAUGAUGAUGACAACAAGUGCCUGGUAGAUGUCAAUGGCAGGCCACGCCUCAUUGAGUGUAGCUACGCUGCAGCCAAACGCAUGAAGGUCCACUGGCUCUUUACUCAGGGAGGAUCCAUUCAGAACAGAAAAUCAAAGAGAUGCCUGGAGCUUGUGGUGAGCAGCGACAAUGAGUUCGGCUACCAACUGGCUCUGCAGAAAUGCACUGGACAGAAAUGGUUCAUCACAAAUGUGUUGUUUAGCAACUUGCUAUGAUCGAGUGCCGGAUGAAAACACUGGAUUCUUUUUUAGAACAUGUCUGUGACCUGGCUGCAUAUCAGUGCUGUGUGAAGAAUGGGAGGCAGGAAAGCACUACAUGGUUGGAUAAGUUCAUUUUGAGCCUUGAUGUCCUCUGAUAAGUGGCCAUCAUUUCAUCCUGAAUGUUAAACAUUUUAUUUCACCAAACGGAUCAGCCAUAGGUUACAGAUAUUUUGCAUAUUUGACAAGAUAGUCUAUUUAGUAAAUUUAUGGUAAAUGUAUCUCUAGUCAGAUUUCUGUUGUUUAAACUUAUUUUAUUAAUUUAUUUUGGUUAAAUUUGCUACUGUGUAGCAAGCUUUAUAAUUGUUUUUUUCUUUUUUUAGUGCCUCAGGUUUGUAGAUGUAAUAUUUCAUGAAGCUGUACAGGUGUGAGAAAAGUAAAAGAAAAAUGGUAACAUGAUAUUUUAUAUAUGUAAAAAUGAUUUCUUACAAGUAAUGAGCAAAAAACUGAUGGGAACUACUGAAUAUAAGUGCCUUUUAUAGUUGUUGCCCAAGGUACAUUCUGUGUGUCGUACCAUUGCUGAAAUUAAAAAGAUUUGCAACUAG